GUCAGCUGGUCCCCGGAUAGUCGGCCGCGGCGCGUGCCGAUGCCAGCCCGUGCCGAGAGUCCGGGGUAACGGUCACUUUGCGAAGAAGCUUCAGCGACACCGACCCUCCGCUGCCGGCCGCGCUUUUUCAGUCUUAUCACCGGCGGAAAUGUUUAACAGCCUGCUCCGGGACUUCGACGAAGACCCGUUUUUCUCGGGCCAGUUUCAGGCACACAACGAGUGCGUGAGGCAGAUGAUGCGCAGCUUUUCAGAUCCCUCCGGCCGCGACUUCAUGCCCAUGCUGACCGACGGACGAGGCCGGCUCAGGGCGGAGUCUCACGCCAACAGAAACCUCGCCCACAGGGAUGUGGCCUUCAGGAGCCCUUUCAGUAUGAUGGACAACAUGAUGUCUCAGAUGAGGAGCAGAAUGGAGGAGGUGCACAGUAACUUUGACAGAACAGACUCUGCAGACUCCAGUGCCCACUCCUUCAGCUCAUCCUCUGUGAUGACCUACUCCAAAGUGGGCAGCGAUCCGGCCAAGGUCUUCCAGGCCUCCAGCCAGAUGCGCCGAGCCCCUGGGGGGAUUAAGGAGACCAGACGAUGCAUAAGGGAUUCAGAGAGCGGCACGGAGAAGAUGGCCAUCGGACACCACAUCCAUGAUCGGGGGCACGUAAUCGAGAGGAGUCAUAAUCGGCAGACCGGGGCGAAUGAGCUGAAUCAGGACUUUCAGAAUCUCGAUGAAUCUGAAGCGCAGUCUUUCGACCAGGAGUGGCAACGGGAAGUGUCCAAAUUCCAUUCAUGUGCCCCCAUGUCCCAGCUGGAAGCCCCCAGACCGAGAGCUGUACACCGUGCAGCCAUCGCUGACUCAUAUGGUGCGAAGAGAGACAAACGAGAGCCCAAUGUAGGCAGAAAGAAAACAUACAUGGAGGAGCUGAACGUGAAGGGCACUGGAGUGAAAAAACAAUAAGCAAAGGAUGUGGGCAACAACAUUCUGGUGAUUUUACACGUGUCCAAUGUGUCCAAGACAAGCUCCUCUCUCUCUUGACAGUCACCCAUUAGCUGCCUGGUAGCCACUGACUUCACAGCCAGAGAGUGCUGUCUGAAUCUGAUCCACUCUGGCACUUUAUCCAUCCAAACAGCUGCAUGUUCUAAACCUGAACUUCUGCACCGCAGUGUUUGUGGAGAUGGUCAUCGGCACAUGCUCCGGGGAUCAAGGAGUCAUUUACCCUGCAGCUGCCAAAAAAACCCCACAAACAAAAUACCAGGAACAUGUUCUUUUUUCACUUAUGAAAUAAAGAUACAUUUUCUAAGAUUUAUCAUGCUUUUAAAUUAUACAGCAUUUCAGUUUAAACAUGUAUGCAUAACAUUUCCUUUUUCAGAAUCAAAAUGUACGUAUGUUCAAGUUUAUAGUUUCCAAUGCACUUAGAGAUACACUUUUCUGUUUGUAUGUUUUGGCCAUUGAUCUUGUAAUAUCUACUAUAAGAUAUAUUUUAUGGAAAAAUGUCCAUGAAUACAGGUUUUAUAUUCUCACAUGGUGUGUGUUGCUCUCCUUUAGUGUGAAGCUGUGCAGGGGUCUACCACACUUAAUGACGAGGGAAAACGGACAGUUGAAUGCUUAAAUCUUAUUUGUUAAAAUAUUUACAAAAAUGAGUUUCUGGAUUAAGCAUUUUUGUAGCCAAAUAAAUCUUUAAAAAUCA